UAAAUGAGACCAAAACUGAACUUUUUGACCUUCAUUCACAAUGCUAGGUUUGGUUGAAAAUUGUUUAGACCAAAUAUAUUCAAUGGUACUGAUAUUUUCCACCCAAACUUACAAAGUUUGACCUAUUUUGCAUAGAAAAUGGUUGAAAGUUUAAUUGACAAUACAUCUACACCUCAACAGACUUGCUGCUGUAAUCACAGGUGAUUGUGGCCGGCUGAAUCAGAUAAAAUCAAUUACAUUUGGAGGUUUAAACAUGACAAAAGUGGAAAAGUUCAGGAACUGUGAAUAUUUUUGCAAGUCACCUUAUAUUUAGCUUGUAGUUAGAACAGGAUCACGUUUUAAACUCGUCGUAAAAUUCCUCCUGAGGUGUCGUGAUUGAACAUUGCUGCUCUUGGUGCCAUCAGUGGCACAUCAAAUCUCUUCAGCAGGUCAUUACACCCCGCUGCUGCUAAUGGUGCUGGUAGCUGCCGUAUAACUACUUAGGUGCCUGCUCCUGAGUUAAACAAUCCCGGGAAAGGGAAAUGACAAAUACAUAAACCCACACGCACUCGCUCUAAUUUGAGAGUUUCUUCUAUGAGGUGGUUGAGUCAUACCAUGCAUGGCUUUGGUACCUUGUAAAUCUGAAGGCAUGCAGGGAGGAAAGAGCAUCUUUUUUCACCUCUAGCCCCUGCUGCUGGAUGACUCAGCCAAUUGGGUUCUCCCUCUCUAGAACUGAAGUUUGACUGCUUUUUAAUUUUUUUUUAAAAAAAGGGGCUUUUCCUAAGAAGCAAUCUAUCUGCAAGGCUGAUGCGAUCAGGAAGCCCGGAACAGAUUGAGAUCCGAGGAAGGAGGGAAAGAUGUACAGUUUAAGUGAUGAGUACACACCCACUCCCUUGAUUUUACUUUCUAAUUUGCCAGCGCUCGCUUCCUCCCUACUGUCUUUGACUAAACUGUAAAUACUCCAGCUUUCAUUCCCCCCCAGAAGCUUCCUGCUUUCCCUCCUGCCUCAUUCCAUAACUUUAUGUCCUCUUCCUCCUCCGCUCUCACCUCCCUCUUCCUCCUCUUCAGUGCUCUGAGUUCCUCUCAAAUGUCAGCAUGGCACGAGUGGGUGGCAACAAGCCCCUUCUAAGGUUUUUGCUGCAGUGAGGGAUCAGCUAAAAUGAAAGAGAAGAAAAGCGAGUGAAAGAGGGCUGCGUUGGGAUUUGUUAGAGGACACCUGGCCUGGUCAGAGACAUGUCACGAACAGAUGCCUUUUCUGGAUGCUGUGGCAGAUACUGUUGGUUUUUAAGGAACAUGGCUGCACAUGCGUGCAACACAAACAUUAUCUGCACCUACACAUCUGCAUCUACAAAUGUAUGCUCGGAGGUAAAAAGGAAUGCAUUUUUACAUUUCUUAGGCAUCUCACACCUGCCAAAUCUCUCUUCCACACAUAAUGAGAGCCACUGUGCUAUGACUCAGAGGGGAGCAGCUGGAUUGAAGGCUCCAGCAGCAGCAGUGCUCUUUGCUGGAGCAGAAGGAGGACUUGCGGAAGAGACUUUCCUACACAACACACAAGCUGGAGCUGCUGCAGAGCGAGUUCGACUCCACCAGGCAGUACCUGGAGACGGAGCUGCGCCGAGCACAGGAGGAGCUGGACAAGUUCACAGACAAGCUUCGCAGAAUACAAAGCAGCUACUCGGCACUGCAGAGGAUCAACCAAGAUCUGGAGGAAAAGAUCCACAGAGAUUCGCAGCACCACGAAGAUGAAAAACGAGCUCUGAGCAGAGAAAUCAUCGUCCUCAACAACCACCUGAUGGAGGCCAAGCUCACCAUUGAGAAGCUGCAAGAGGACAAUGAGCUGUACAGAAAAGACUGUAACUUGGCUGUUCAGCUGCUGCAGUGCAACAAGUCUCUGUACAGAGCCCAGCUCUCCGAGCUUCCUGCUGACUGUCAGGAGCGCCUGACCAUGCAUCUGGAAGAAUCUCCUCUCUGCCACGACUACCCUGACUCUACUUCCCUCAUUGCCAACGUGCUUGAAAAGCCAGAUGAGGCCUGCAGCAGCCAGGCGUCCCGCUCGCCCAGCCCCCAAACCCAGAACCAUACAUUCAUUCUCGAGAGACUCGGGCCAGGAGAGCGCCUGGGGCUCAGAGCGGCCUACAAAUCCGACCUGUACAGCAGUGACACGGCUCUGUACUGCCCCGAAGACCGUCACCGCGAGAGGAGGCCCAGCAUGGACGUGCACGGCCACAGGACGUUCCUGUAUGGCCCACAGAACUCCACCGACAGCACACCGGAGGAGGGUUCUGUGGGACUGCAGGCCGGGUUCUCCCAGGAGCAUUUUCCCAAGUUCCCUGCAGCGCUGGCUGGAGGCUCCAGCUCUUACUCCAGCUUCAGUGGAGGUGGCUCGGAGGAUAAAGGCAAUGACCCACCCAGUAGUGCAGCUUCCUCACCACGUCAUCAAUCCCUCUACAUGGAAUGGAGAGAUGCGGGGGACUAUGAGAGAAAGAGUGACUCAUCCUGGGAGAGGGACAGUCCAAGGAGCUUUGGGAAUGCUCAUCCUUUCCAACAGACUGAGCUGAGCCACCAUCAGAACGGCAGCUCGCCGGUCUACAGCCGCACCAUGUCCUCGUGUUUCAGUGAGCCGUACGAGCCUCUGCCUCCAUCUUCCUCCCCAAGUGUCGCUUACGGAGACAGUCGCCGAGGCAGCACUUUAGCCCCCGAGGAGGAAGAACUGAUUGGUAGAUGGAGACAGCUUAGUGUUGAAGACUUAAGCGCCCACUCAUACCGCAGUCCAGGAAGAGCUUCGCCUUACAGCUUCUCAGAGCAGCACUUUUCCGUCCGCCCCGCCAAAAUCCGCCUUGGUCCACUCUACAGCAGCUUCCAGGAGGGCGCUGACUACUACCAUCAUGGUGCAGAUGCCAUGGAUCCGGUGUGGGUCGCCGCCAGCCCCGAAUGCAGCCCCGGACUGCGGCAAGCACACAGCCAAGCCCAUCUGUACCGAAGUGAGGACAGCCAGGGGUCAGAGCACAGCCUCUACCACUCAGGGAGCUCCAAAGACAGGGAGGGCAACGUUGCAGCUGGAGGCCAGAGCACAGAGUACGUUGACCCCAGUCCCAAUAGCUCCACUGAGUCUCUCAACCAGAGGUCCCUGGAGAUGGCCACAGAGCUGCAGCACUAUCAGGUUGAGAUGCACAGCAUGCCUGCGCAGGCAAGCCAGCAGCCGCCACCGACUCCACCGCCUCCUCCUCCUUACAACCAAAAAUUUGGCUCUUUGGGGCUUUCAAGGAAGGACAGUCUUACAAAGGCCCAGCUUUACGGAACCCUUCUGAACUGAAGGACUUUCAAAUGAGGUUGAAACCUUUGAUUCGACUAAACACACAAGGCCUUGGUGCACUCGAGUUAUGUUGCUGCUACCAUUUAGCUGAAAAUGGUUCGAAAAGCAGCCAGGUACCAAAUGGUUCACGCAGAUGAAACUAGUGGAGAUUAUUUAGGAGAGAUGAUUACGCGAUAGAGGAUUGCAAAUAUUUUUGGGGAAGUUAGCCACAACUAAGGUGGAAACAGGCAGAGAGGAGUUCAUGACAUUUUAAAAUGUAUAUGAAUGUGUAUGUAUUUACGUUUCAAAUGUCUAAAAAAGCAUAAUAACUAAGAAUUGAGUGAUAUAUUUUAUAAGUAGUUGUUAGCAACAAAUUUAUUCGAAAAGUGCAGUUCUUAUUGAUAAUCCUGCAAGUUGUAAAUAAAUUUAAAAACUGCUAGUGCCAUGUCUGAAAGCUCAGAUUUGAAUCGGAAUAAGCUGCGCACAGAUUCGUUUCAGUCUUUAUUUUUAAUCAGCUGAAACAAUCUCGGCCUUUUGAGGAUUUAAUGAAGAAAUCGAUUACGAAUUAAUUCCUUAAAUGACAAACGAACAUUUCUCUUACUUUAAUUGAUUUUUAGCAGUAUUGAUGGGUGUGAUUUCUUGUUAUUGAUGGAACGUUUUGAGAUGUAAACAUCUGUCUUAGCGGUCAGUAUUUAUUUAUUAGAUUUUUUUGCACUUUUGUUGUCUCUUUGAGAGGUUCUCCUGCCCCAGUUCUACCUCAGAUUUGGAUGCCCACACCCACCUAAGCCUCUGUAAGUUUGUUUUUUAGACAAUGAUGCAUGGUCAUAUACUUUGUUGUUUUGUUCUCUUAAUAAAGCACAAAUUAUAACUUCAA